CGUGACGCGCGUGCACGAGCUGAUUAGGCGGCGUCUACCGGAAGUAGAGUGUAGCAGCAGGCAGCGCAUACUUCUUUACAUACUUGCUGGCAUACUUCUUUACAUACUUGCUGGCGUACUUGCCUCCUCCUUCUCAUACUUGCUGCACUACUUUGUGGAAGUGUGCCGGAGUGAAACAUGGCGGCAGAGCAGAGCGCGGCGAGGACGCAAAGGAAGAAGUGGAAGAGCAGCAGUGAAAAGUCCAAGGUCAACAUGAGUCAGCAGGAAGUACAAACACAUCUGGCAGUUCCUUUUAGAGGUGACAUCACAGGUGGUUUGCAUCCUGGCAAGAAAGUUGUCAUCUUUGCUGUGUUGGACUCUCAUCCUGACAGGUUCUACAUGGCCCUGACGUGCGGCUGCGGGACCAUCAGGGAGCCCCCGCCCGACGUGGCCUUGGAGCUCUGCGUCCGCUUCAAGGAGCGCCAGGUGCUGCGGCGGGCGUGCGUGAAGGGGGGGUGGGGGGCCGCCGACUGCGCCGUCCCUUUCUUCCCGUUCAUCCAGGGCCAGCCCUUCAAGAUGGAGGUGCAGUGCCAACACGCUGGCUUCCUCGUCUUCCUGGACGGUCAGCGGCUCUUCCACUUCCACCACCGGGUGGCGCCGCUGCACCUGGUGGACACGCUGUGGGUCAGGGGCAGCGUGGCCAUCAGCAAACUGGCCUGAGGGGGCGCCGCUGAGUGCACGUGCCAAGUGGACUCGCUCUGGGUCCUUCAAAGUGAAUUUAUUGAUAUUUUAGAUGUAAGUCUUCAUCGAAAGUCUUGCACUAUUAUUUUGGAGUUCUUCUUGUUGGACACCUGUGUUUAGCCCCGCCCACUUUCUGGAGGUUCCCACACAAUGGACACGCCUCUAAUCUUUUUAUUAUUGUACCAUAUAAACUAGUGAACUACACAGAUAUUGUACCAUAAAAACUAGUGUACUACACUGAGACUACCGCGUAAACUAGUGUACCACACUGAAAUUGUACCAUAUAAACUAGUGUACUACACUGAAAUUGUACCAUGUAAACUAGUAUACUACCCUGAUAUUGUACCAUAAAAACUAGUGUACUACACUUAAAUUGUACAUUAUAAACUAGUGUACUACACCGAGACUGUACCGCAUAAACUAGUGUACUACACUGAAAUUGUACCAUAAAAACUAGUAUACUACACUGAGAUUGUACCAUUAAAAACUAGUGUACUACACUGAAAUUGUACCAUAAAAACUAGUAUACUACACUGAGAUUGUACCAUUAAAAACUAGUGUACUACACAGAAAUUGUACCAUAAAAACUAGAGUACUACACUGAAAUUUUACAGUAUAAACUAGUGUACUACACUGAGCCUGUACCGCAUAAACUAGUGUACUACACUGAAAUUGUACCAUAUAAACUACAGUGUACUACACUGAGACUGUACCAUAUAAACUAGUGUACUACACUGAAAUUGUACCAUAUAAACUAGUGUACUACACUAAGACUGUAACAUAAAAAACUAGUGUACUACAAUGAGACUGUACCGUAUAAACUAUAGUGUACUACACUGAGACUGUACCAUAUAAACCAGUGUACUACACUAAGACUGUACCAUAAAAAACUAGUGUACUACAAUGAGACUGUACCGUAUAAACUAUAGUGUACUACACUGAGACUGUACCAUAUAAACUAGUGUACUACACUGAGACUACCAUAUAAAUGAGUGUAUUACACUGAAAUUGUACCAUAUAAACUAGUGUACUAAACUGAGACUGUACCAUAAAAAGUAGUGUAUUUUAUUAAAAUGUUUAAUAUCAUGAUUACAAUUUUUGUAAAUAUACAAUAAUGAUAUCCUGCUUGUAAUGUUUUGUAAAAGAUCAUGUAUGACAGUUUAUUUCAUAAUUACGACAUUUGUUGCUACAGUUGUGUUAAAAACCCGGAAAGGGUGGGAAUUAAAUAAACUCUGCUUCUUCCUACAUGCUAGAAUGUGAUUGUAAACAUGGUCAAAAUAUCACAAUGUUAUUAUUUUAUUUCAUUGUUGUUGUUUCUUUUUCUUCUUCUCCUCCUUUUAACAUGUCCCAAAUGAAUAUUUUGCAAUACAACAUUUUCACAAUA